UCCAUCACUUUAAGAUAACCGUAUUGCAAAUAUUCCUUUUGAAUAUAAUUUGUCACGAGUAAGUUGUCAUGACUAAACAACACGAAAAUAGUGACUCCCACUCAGAAACAAAGUUUCUGAAACAAAACAGGAUAUGGUACGCGCACCUGAAAAUUAAAUAAUACGCCCUUCGUCGACGUCACGACCGGACAUCUCAAAAUAAAUGUGCAGAUACAAAAUUUGAUGGAAUUUUGUUUUGAGAAACUCUCGACGAUAGACAGCAUGUCCCUACAGCUUCUUGGCAGUAGAGAAUUAGAGUAUUUAAUUUGCCUGCCCACCCUUUACUGUUGUGUUUCUUCACGCACAAUAGGUGGUUAUUUGUCAAGGCGUUGACACAAACAAUACGUCAAUCAAAUCGGGUGUUGGGAUAGUUUCCUGGGGCCUAGUCUCCUUGGAUUUGUCAUUUUCUAGACAUCAAGCUGUUACGGAAAAUUUCCUCGCUCGAGGCUGAAAUGAGUACUUCUGUUCUAUGUACUCAAUUAAACCGUGAGUGCGUCCAAUAUCUGUGCCGUGGUCGCUAAUAUAUCUCAUGGCAAUGGCGCUUUCUGACGGUGUUAAUACAACUGGCGAGAACAGGCGAAGGAUUCUCCGGCGAUUCCUGGCUCGCAAGAACAAGAAGGGAGCGAUCAAAGGUACAAGCUAGGCUUGUAAAAUUAUUUGACCCGAGAUGUUAAGGAAUUUCAACUCGCAUUGCUUACAUUUUAUAUACUGUCAUUAUUCAGAGCUGUCGCAGACUAUAUGUUUUUUUGUUUUGGUUCUCAUACGCUUGCUAGCCUCCGUUCAGGGUUAAUUGUCUCACCUUAGUUUUUUCCUUAGCACACAGAAAGAAAACUACCUGGAUGUGAAAACAUUUCAUGAGUUAAGAAUUCUACCAUGUCUCCGUCUCAGUUGCCAAUCAUCUCUUUCACCAGUGUUACAAAUUGCAACGAUAUACAGCUGUAGUAAGAUUCGGCGAAAAAAAAAAAUCAGUUUGUUGCGAAAUUGGUCAAAGAUUGCCUAGCACUUGGCAAGAGACCGGUCGGUCAUCAAGGAGUUCAUCAGUAAGAAGGCAUAAGUAGAAUUCCAUUAACUCGCUAAUUGUGUGACAUCGAUUUUUUGGGGGAAGGUAAUAACUUUGAGUGGGGCUCUAAACCCCGUACAUGCUUGACCAUUGCAGCGGAAAGGUUCAAGCGUGAUUAAACAAAACCCUCCUGAUUUUUGAAUGCGAUUGGAUUGAAAAUCGUAAGCGGACAAAGCAAUACACAGAGGAAUAUAAACAGCGAACCACGGCCAUUCAUACGUUCAGUAUUUGUUUUGCUUGCAUAGCCGCAAAGUCUUGAUUUGAAUAAAAUCUGAAUAGGCCUACUCACGUGACGAUGGAUGGAUCUGUUUAAGGAAUCCACUGUUCCGUUAAGUAAAUUUAGUUAAAUUUAAUCGAACCUCUGCUGUUGUAUUCGGUGAGACCGUUUUCGCGGUUCUCUCCGCCUUCCUGUGAGUUUGCCGCGAAGAUCGUUCAAACAGAAUGCGACCCAUCUUGCGCGCCAACCAUGCGUGAAAUGACAAGUAAGUCCGAAAAAAAAUUAGCCAUAAAUCAACGUGUUUCUGUAAAAUAUCAACGCUGUUUCACGUUGUUGCCUCUUUUCAAUAGAUCGCCGGCGAAAAUAUCAGGUCUUGUUCUCUGUGAUGUGUUUCAAGUGUUGUUAAUCGCAGAGAUAUUGUGUGUUGCGGCAUCUUAAGUAGCAAUUGUUUUUCGAGGGCAUGUGGGUUUCAAGAAGUUAAUUUGCAAAUUUUUUUUCUUACAUAUUUUCUCAUUAACCGGCGACAAGAUGUUUUGUUUGUUUGCUAUGUCAGAGGUUUUGGUAGUUUAGUCCUUGUAUCCUUAAGAUGGGAGAAAGCAAACAGAACUAUGCGGGAGGCUGCAAUUAUCUCGAAGUACGCUUCUUACUGAAUUUGAAAUGUUUGUUCCCAUAAUCGCCCUUGGUUAUCACCUUACUGUCAUAAAUUAUUUUCAGAGAAAUAGAAAUUCAGCUGUUUUGUUCCUAUAGCAAGUUUUUGUUACAGCCUACAUCCUGUAAGAACAUCUCUGUGGACUCUUGUUUGCGCUGGUAUCACUGAGCCUAACCUUCCUGUCUUGUCAGUGCCAUGUUUGACAGCCAAGCGUCACACUUAGUAUCGAAUGAUGGAUGACCGCAACCUAAACUGACAUGUGCGAUUGUCUUGGGUAAACCCUUGAAUAUUAAGAUGGCUGAACAAUUUUUCAUGUCAAAAUGCAAAACUGACAAAUGCUUUAAAAAGUCAAAAGUUGCAAUGAUUGUGAUUUGUUUGAAAGCCGCAAACCGCUCAGUGAGAUUUUUUUAACCACGCAUUGACAUAUUGUACUGUAUUUACGUUGAGCGUGUACAUGUGAUAAAUAUUUAUAUGUACUAUGGCAGUAUGCAUCAAAGAAUUUUGGUACUGGACUUUUAUAUUACCGGUAAUCUUAUUCCCUGCUUUUAGUCUUGAAGAUAGAAACAGCUCAUUUCCUUGCAGAAUAACCAGUGACCCUAAAGUGUCAUGUCUCUUGUUUCUGGAACUAAAAAGAGUAGAAUUCUGAUUGCUUGAGUUUUAAAUUGUGAUCAUAUUAUUAUAUUAAACAAGGGUGAAAGUUUUCAGUGCAUUAGAGACUCUGUUUUCAUAGAAAAUAGCUAAUAUUAAUUUUUAAACACACUGUAAAACACCAUCUUCAGUUUUUAGUAUUAAUUAUGGAAUACUUGUCUGCAAAGCCACCAUGUUAGUGUCAGUGAUUUGCUACACUGUGCUUUAUGAAAAAUAUUCAAUAAAAUGCUCAAAAGCUCCAAACAAGUUUCUGAAUCUCGCCUAGCAUAAACAUUUUGUGCAAAGCUUACACUUCCUUGUUUACGAAAGAAAAAUAAGUCACUGGGGGUCAUAGAAUACAGCCCUGCUCCAAAUAUCACAGUGUCUGCCUCAGUUAACUGUGAGUUUUGUUUCUAUUUGCAAAUUUAAGUAACAUAACUAUUGCAAUUUUGCCCUUGUAUUUGUGUGAAAAUGAACACCAUGAUGCUUUCCCAUAUAAUUUGAUUUUAAAAUAAUCCACUCCAAUGUCUCUGUAAAGUAUGAGUGGACAUCCUUUGAACCAGUUUAAGUUACCUACCUUGUAGGUGGGUCUCUCAGAAAUUUCUAAAUGGUACACACAGCAUCCAUUGCAAAACCUUUCUUUGCUUCCCUGCAGAAUUAGAGGCUCUGGAAGCAUGCUACUGGUUAAAAGCUGCAGGAUUUCCACAAUAUGCACAAGCCUAUGAAGGUAAACACCAUAAAAUAUUAACUGUGCAUAUAAUCUCACUUUUGACCAGCUCUGUGAAAGCAACAGUCAAAAUGAAAGUUGUGACAAAAUUUUCAUUAAAAAUCAGCAGUCAGUCACAAUACCUCCCACACCACAAAGAAGGGGGGAUUUUAACCUGAAAUUUUCUUGUCAUGAAAAAACUGGAAAUGUUAGUAUUUUAUCUCACUAAUAAUUUGCUUUAUACCUCUCUCGUGACCACCAUACAUCUUAGUGUUUUAGUGAAUAUUUCCAGAACAUUCAAUUGUGGUUUUAAGACCCCUGUAUUUACACUAACUACCAGUACAUGUACUUGUUAUCCUACUUAUCAUUUUUUUUCCUACUAAAUUUUUUUUCCUACUAAACACAAGAUGAAAUUUAAUCUUUAAUUUCCAACAAGUCAUUUGCUAGGGCUGUCUUGUACAGAACCCAUUAUUAGAAAUGCUGACAAUAGAUUCUAUGCUUCAUUCAUGAAUCAGAUGGAAAGUUUCCCAUUGAUACAGCAACUGUUAUCAAGGAACAUGACUUCCUGGAUCAGGAUUCAAUCCAAUCCUUAUACAGGUAAUGACAGGCACGGAUCCACAAUGGUUUCCAUCAUUUUAUGGAAAUCAGUUAGAUUUUUUAUAAUAAAUAGUUAAAAAAAAACUUCCCAAGUUGAAAUCUGGAAAAUGGUUUGGACAAAUGUUUUUUUGUUUUCCAAUUCUCAGGCAUUAGAUCCCCCGAAGGGAAAUGCUCCCCUCCCCCCUUCCAAUGGCUCAAAAACCCAGGAAUGGGGACUUUUAUUAGGAAGUUCAAAUUUAAAGAACUUCCCAGGGGAGCAUACCCCCAGUGGACCUCGCUAAAAGCAAAACUGAUUUUUGGUCUCAUAGCUGCAUUUGAGAGUGGGUAUCCAGAUUUUGCAAAUACACUACCCUUCUAAUUUCCCUGGAUCUAUCAGUUACUUUAUUAUGUUACUGAAAUGCCAUGUUCACUUUUAUAGGCGUCUUCAAACACUUAAUCGAUGUGCAAAAAUGAAUCUCCACAUCAAGGUAAAAAAACAUAGCUCUUUACCUCUUACUCCUUUCUUUUUGUUGGUUUGUUGUUGCUCAAAACAGCAUUUGAGAAUGCUGUCAACCCAUGAUGGCAACAUGAAGAUGGUGACCUAAAACACUAUCUAGAAGAAUAAUGUAACAGACCAUUAUUCACAGUCAUUGGACUACCCUGCAAGAUCUUGCACACUACCAUUGGACUGGACUGUUUUUCUUUCUCAACAUUUUGAUUUUCUGUAAUUGUGGGUAAGGGGUAGAAAAUUAUUCACUUCUGCUAACUCUUAGCAUUAUCCUUUGAACAGAGUGAUGGCUAUGACUCAGAUGAGGAAGACUUGAUUGCCUUAAGUUCACGCUGGAAACUUCAAAAUAAAAAUCGGCGGUGGUCAAGCAGAAGGAAUGGUUCACCAUCACUCUCAAAAGGAAAAGGUCCAUCAGGUUUAAGCAGUUCACAUAAUGGGAUAAACACAUCAUUGAACAGUGUAACAAAUUCGAGACAAAGACCUUUCCACAACAAAGACAAUCUUUUAGCUGAUCCAUUAAAUCAAUUUACACACUUGGAUUUAUGCAUAUCACAAGGAAGAGCAAGUGUUUACGACAAUUUGGCACCUGGAUUAAGUGCCAGUACGCCGUCGAUAUCAAAUGUAGGUAAAGACCUUAACAGAAAUGAUCAACUGAGGAGUUCUACUAGGAAUUACAAACGGAAUCUUACAAGCAGUGACUUAGGAAUAGAGUCUUGCAGUGGAUCAUCAAAUGAGGGUUUAUCAGACUUUGAGAGGGACGAUGAAAUCAACGACUUACCUGGAGACUUGUCAAUGUUACGGUCAAUUAGAAAUUCAGAAAAACAAUGUAGUGACGACAUGUCUCCAUCAUCAACAGCAGGAAGGCCAAAAGUACGGUGGCACAGCUUUGAGAAAACAUCUAAACCUGAAAUAAAUGUUGCGUAAGUUUCAGAUCAUAGUUUAUAAAUAAUUUUGUGAGCAGCAAUGCAUCUCCCAAUACAUAAUGGAUAACUAAUCUUAUUGAGGUGCUGCUGUGAUGCUUUUAAUGACCAUUGAGAUCAGACACUUCACUCACUGUAGUGAUUUUGGAUGUGUUGUGGUUCAGUUUUAUCCUUGGUUCAAAUUUUAUUUUCUUUUGUUUUGAGUAUGGGAAUGUAUGAUAAUAACAUGAGUCUGAAACAAAAGAAAAUAAGAUUUAAAUCAAGGAUAAAAUUGAACCACAACGGAUACAUCAAUUAUUAUUAGUGCAAUUUGUUUGUUUGUGAAUUUUCUUAAUGUUAAGUGAGUGAAGAAUAGCUAAUAUGAUGUUCUCUACAAUGAUAACCAUUCUCAACCACUUUUCAAUAGACAUGUCAUUGAUAUGCAGUAGUUCUCUACCAACUGGUCUUUACCAUAUCACUGGUAUUCUGCUAAAACUAAUAUCUCUUUGGUACAGAUCACCAAGAAUAUGCGACCUCACAGCAGGGCAGCUUGCAGUUCUUAGAAAAUAUUCACUUUUGAAACUUACAGCACUCAUGGAAAGACACACACAGUCUCACCGAGGCAUGUGGAAUUGGUAAGUUUGUUAAUUUUGUUACAAAAUAUUGUGUAUUUGGAUUUUAGGAGUUGGUUUAUAACAGAAAUACUCUUUUUGUUAAUGCUCGUACCACUGAUUGUAAUAUGUGUACGAAAAUCACUUGAUGUGUGUACUUUCUUUAUUUCUAGGUCAUUUCCUCACUUCUUGAAGAAACUGAAGUCACCAGAUUACAGAGGUAAUAGUCCUAAUUUACUUGUUUUAUUGUCAUAACCUGGAACAAUAAUUAUUGACAAGGCUGUGCUUCUUAGCAGCACCCGGUGGCCACUGGCGCCUAACCCGGGUAACUAGACUAGAAAAUCUUAGUUUUUCUUAGAAAUCAUGUAUAACUUUGGUCACCCUGGAUUUCACAGGUUCACAGCUCUGUGCUCUCUUCAAUAUUUUCUUAUAGCAAAGCCUUGAUUCAUUAUAUGCAAAUUACAAAUUGUGUGAUCGUGGUGUAUAAUUUAUACAUUUUGCUUGUCUUUUAGACAGAAACGUUUUUGGAGUUCCUCUCUCGGUUGUUCUCCAAAGGACUGGACAACCGCUACCAAGAUCAAUUCUCUUUGCUAUCAACUAUCUUCAAAGAUCAGGUAAUGUCACAUGUCUGCCACUAGUUGAAUUAAACUUUCUCAUGAUAGAGAAAUUACCAAUCAAGUUCUUAUCAGGUUUAACCAUUUUUUUUUCCAGCUGUCGAUGCUGUUGGUAUUUUUAGAAAGUCCGGGGGCAAACAGAGAAUAAAUCACCUCAAGGAAAUGAUUGAAGGAGAUCCAGGUACAUCUGCUGCAGAUUCAUUUUAAUUUCUGAUAAGAUCCCACUGUCAUGAUCGUCUGACUCAUUCACCCUUCCAGAUUCGCCAUUGCAGGGGAUCGACAGAUACAAAAUUCAAAUAGGGCCUCUUUUUAUUGUGUUAAUGGAUGAUAGAUAAGAGCAUUUCAUAUUUCAUAAUUGCAGAUAACACUGACUUUGAGGGUCUGUCACCCUAUGAUAUGGCUGACAUGCUCAAGCAGUACUUCAGAGAACUUCCAGAACCCAUCUUGACUUCAAAAUUAGCGGAAACAUUUAUAUCUAUUUUUUCAAGUAAGUAUAGCACGCGAAGUGUUAAGCCCACAUAUUGCACAAUUCUUUGAUAACUUUUAACCAUCAUCAAGCAAAGCAAAUAGUGAAUGUCCUCUAACUCAAAACAAUUUUCAUUGCCAUUGUGGUUACUAAUUAAUAGAAGUUUCUAUCAGCACAAUGAUAUUCAUUACAACCAUAAGGAGUUGACUACUAGAUAAUUUUUUUUAUUUAUGCCUUGGUUUUGUAUUCCUGUCCUUUACUGAUGUUGGCUAUUACUGUUAAACUCACAAAACCUGUGAACACCUGAAAAAUUUCAGGAAUGUUGAUUGUCUACUGGACAAUUACAAUAAAGUUCAGGACAUGCAAGCAAACCUCAAAACCACAAAGUAAUUACUGUUGCUGUUUGCGGUUUAGUUAGGUCGCACCUUAUUGGCUAAUUUCUCGCAACACAAUAACAUUCCAUAAAUAUUUUUGGUGUUCAUGGUUUUGUGAGUUUCACAGUAAGGGUUCCAACUGGCCAGUGAAUAUGGCUCUCACUCCUCGUUCCUCGGUGCUGGGGACUUCUUUGCCGGCUAGGUGCUAACUGGCAAAGUGGUCAGAAAUAAAAUCAAAGCAUUGUUAAUACCAAAAUGAUUAAAUCGUCAUCCUUCUGCUUGCAUGGUGGCUGAGAAUAGAGAUAAACUGUUUUUGCUGUGUAAACUUCUUCUGACUGCUCUUAACUCACCUGUUUUGCAUUUUUUAGCAUGAUUUUUUCUUCAUGUAGGGCUUAUUCAAUCGAUUUUAUCUGUUUUUGCACCUUUAGGUAUCCCUCCCAAUUCCAGAAUGGAGGCAAUGCAAGCAGCUAUUCUACUUAUGCCUGACCCUAACAGGGAAGCUCUUCAGACACUUCUCUUGUUCCUAAGUGAAGUGGCUGCCAACUCUGAAACAAAUCAGGUGAAGUUACUUUAAUUAUUGUACUGUUAAAUCAUUUGUCAAGCAACAAGUUGAUGAUCAUGAUUCAAUGAUGCGGUGGCAAUGAGAACGUCGCUUAAAAGUGGAUUUGUGUUCUUUUAGUCGUUAUCGUGAUUAUUCCUACCCACUUACUUUGUCAUAAGUAGGCAAACCCUCCUGAAGUUGAAUUCCAAGGGACCAUAUCCAAGUUCAGAAAGAGAAAAAUAUUUUGUUGUUGCUUUACUUUUCUCCAUAAAACGAUAAAUAAGGCAUUUUCAAGUUGUAGUUGUGCAAAGAAAUGUACAAAAAGUGGCAUGAAUGUGCGAAGUUGUUGGUUUUGUUUAUUAAACCUAUUGUUUUUGUUCACGUUCUCAUUGCCGUCACAUCAUUGGAUCUUAAAGUCCCUGUUAACAACUCUCUAACACAAUUGGUACUGAUGUAUCUGUUACUUCAAAGAUACAGUCAUGUAUUCUACAUCUCACUGAAGCCAGUACCAAGGCGUGCACCUUCUGUUGUUCCAAAAAGUAAACAAAUUAAUCUUUUUUCCCAUUAGAUGAAUGAGAAGAAUCUUGGCGUGUGCUUUGCUCCAUCGCUGUUCCAUUUGUGUGGUACUAAAGAAGAUCCAUCUGCUCCCAAGAGGCAAAAGAGAACACCUAUGAACAAAGCUUCCAAGGAGCUUACUGAUAACUUGGUAUGUUCCGAAACCCUGUAAAUGCUUGCUUGUCUAGAAGUUCAUAAGCAGAUCAGCGUAUAAGUUUGACUUGUGUGCUGACUAAUUUCCCAGAGGAACUUGAGGAGAGGGAGUUGUUGCUUGGGUGGGAAGGGGGGACUCACUAUUUUAACCAUUUCAUUUCCAACAAUAAAUUGUUCAAGUGAGGAAAAUUCCACAUUAAAUUAUGGAGAAUCCUACAACACAGCUUAACUAGUAUCGUGCAAAAGACUAAAGUACUACCAAAGAGGUUUUAUGACCACAUCAUAGCAUUUCUUCCAACAACAACUUCAACGUAACGUCUCACCUCUUUACCCCCUGACUACGAUUUACAAAAGAAUGUUUUUGUGCAUUGCAACCCAACAAACUGCAAAAAAUUGGUCUGUAUCGUGACGAAUUUUUAUUUUCUUGUUGUAGGCUGCACAUGAAUGCCUUGCUCAAAUGAUAACGGAAGUGGACAAGCUCUUUUCGGUAGGUUAACUUCAAAGGUGAAAUUUCUGUUGCUUCUCAAAUUUAUUCAAGCUUGCUUUUCAAAUUUUACCUCACCUCGUUCGAACGACCAUUAGUCGAGGACAAACAGCUCUCGAAAUAGACUCGAAUGCCAGUUUUGGUGUUUUUUGUUUUGUUUUUGAACGAGAGGUUUAUAAUUUUAAGCUUCUAAUGAGUGUCUCACCUUUUUGUCAGAUCCCCGAAGAUACAGUGAAGAACAGUCGGUUUUCAUACAUUGAACAAGGUGAACCCGUGUCGCUGGAUCAGCUUGGAAAAUCCAAAACAAGUUCAGACAGCGGAUAUCAAAGUUACAUCCAGUCUUGUAUUGCUGGACUACUCAAGGUAAAAACUGUAGGUACACUGUAGGUAAUCAAACAACACAAUCAUCACAAGCAAGCUUUUGUCGACCGAGCAGGAACGGAGCGGGACUUUCCCGCCAAAGCCGACCGUAGCAAGCAGGCUGCUUCCAGGGCUUUUGAUUGGCCCAUCCAAGCACUUUGCACUCUGAUUGGUUAAAAAGAAUUCGUACCAUGGAAGAUCUACACGACUCCCUCAUUUGGCAUUUUUAGUUUAGACACUGAAAUCACAAUAAUGAAAAAAAAUGUAUGAGCAUAAGUUUUAAUUCUUUUUUUUGCUUUUCCCUUUUCUUUAGGAAGCAAAAGACAAAUUCAAGGGCUGGGUAUCUCACCCAUGGUACGACAGUUCAGUAGAGAUAUCAUACAAGAAAGUUAAAGAUGGCUACCCACUUCGUCUCUGGAGAUGCACUGUAGAAGUGAAUGCCAGUCCGGAAGAUGUCAUCAGAAGAAUUCUUUACGAAAGGUAAUAAAAAUAAGUUUUAUUCAAUGGUAUAUUUAGUUCACGGGAGACUCGUAACACAGCGAGGUGAGACAAGUGACUAGAGAGGCAAAAUUUAAACUGUUCGUUCUGAUGGUAAAUGAGAUGGUUUAACAUACAUAAUAUCAUUUUUAGGCAUCUUUGGGAUGAAGACUUGGAAUCGUGGGACAUGGUCGAGAAAAUCGAUGAUCACACAGAUGUGUUUUAUUACACGACGAAAUCUAUGAUCCUUCAACCAAAACGACGUCACGUGGUGUUAAGGUAAGCAUUACAUCCUAUAUAUGGCACAGUACUCGGCAAGAGCUUUUACUCGAACAAUAACAAUUUUGUAAUUUUAGAAAGAAGUGAGAACCCUAUUGUGUCUGAGUAGACAUUGUCAAAGAAAAGUACCCUCAAAAGCGUUUUCGACGCCAAAUGUGCUACCUCACUAAAUGUAUGCUGUAUCAGUGCCAAUACCAGUAAAUUCCAUGACAGACUAAGGUUGGAAACCUUUUUAAGUGCAAAUGAGUAAAGCUGUUUCAAUCAUUUCCCCCAGCAUGACGCUACUUCCUCCUUGUUUAGCGCAAGGUCAACUGUAAGAAAUUGAUUUGGUCCAAAAACCUUGUUAUGCAUAUAGUCGUAUUGCUCGUGCUGACCGAACCUUCCCUUUACAUAACGAAGCCUUCGUUAUAACGAAACCUCGUUACAGCAAACAUAUUUUGCCACUCCCUUACAUCGAGGUUCCACUAUACCUAACCGUACUCUUCGCUUGAAGAAGACCUUCAUGGCGGCCAUUUCACCGGCCUGCACACUGGAUGAACAUAACUUUUAGUUUGUUGUAUAAAUUUAGUAUUAGCCUAAUAUCUCUUUCAGUGAGUCGUUCAAAGUAUUCACAAAGCGUGUUUUUCGUGUCCCUCAGUGCCACAGCUAUAUAUUUAUAUAUUUUUCUGUUUGUUGAAGUUGUUUCCGACUGUUUAAAUUUUUGUUUUCUGUUUGUUUCUUAGAUCAUGGACGGAUCUCGAUCGGGGUGUCUGUGCCUUGGUAUCCACAUCCAUAAAUCACCCUAAAGCUCCGCCUUCCAAUGGUGUGACUGCUAUUGUACUAGCGUCAAGGUACCUUGUGGAACCCCUGGAGAACGGCAAAUCACGACUCACGCACAUCAGCCGCGUCGAUCAAAGGUUAGCAAAGUGCAAAUUUGUUUGAAAAAAAAAAGAGAUCUAGAGUUUUACCACUAAACCCCUGCAACUCACAGAUGCAAAUAAUUAAAGAAUAAAAUUGUAGAAGUACUAAAAUCAAAACAAAUGGCAUCUUACAUGUACAAAAUUACGGUUAUAAAUGUUCUUUUGAAUGGACACACCAUAGGAUUUGGUCCACAGACUCAAAAGUUAGAACUACAUGCGAAACCAUUUUACCCGUGUAAAAGUACAGCCGUAGAGAUUUCAUUUAAAUUGUCACAUAAAAAUAUAACGUGAUCAACUAAUACGUUAGGCUCGAUUUCCGCCGUCUCCCGGGUCCGGUCUUUAGUAAAACGGCGUUUGCUUAUCACUGCGGAUCUGAUCAUGAAAAGUAUGUCGACAUACAAUUUUGGCACAACUGCUAACUGUUUAAAACAAAAAAGGCGGCCUCUUUUCCCCGAGAUAAGUUUAACACGUUCUUAUUACCACUGUUCAUCUAUGCUCUAAUAACAAAGAAACGAAAAUAUUUUAAUCUCUCUAGAAAACGGAGCCGAUCGCAUAUUAUCCGAGUCUCUCGGAUCUCUAGAAUGUCAGGUCCUUAUAGAAAUCCCGCGCCCACGCGUUUCCUAGUAACAUUUCGAUCAUUUUUGAUCUGCGUGUGAAAAUGUCGCUGCAAGAAAUUACAUUUACUUUUCAAUCAAUCGGUUCAAUUUUGAGCUCGCAGAGUAGGUACUAUGUGUGAUAGCAAAUAACUUCCGCUAACAAGUGAGGUCAGCUGCUAAUAAUCAUUCAUUAAUAUACCUCAUUCAAAUUCAUGACAUUUCCACUCCAUUUGAAAAGCUUCCGAAAACAUGGUCUUUCAUUUUUUUCCUCCGCCCUUUAUAAGUUUUCCGGUUAAAAGGCGUCGUUCUCUUCGGAUGGUAAAGAGUGGAUUAUUUGUGGUUUAUUUCCUGAACAAAACGUGAAAACGUUCAAAAGACAUCCACCCAAAGCUUCAAAGUGAAUGGGCCGAUCGAGCACCUAGUUUUCGACUUCUGUGUUCAAGGAUUUUGGCGGAGGAGGGGGUAACCUGCGAUCAGACGGUCCUUCUUCCCUUUAUCUUUAGGAGGUGUUCGCCGACUUUCGCGCUCUCCCGAAAUAAAGCAAGCCUGAUCGCUGGUUAGGGAGGGGUCUCCUGCUCGAACCCCCCGCCACCCCUUCAAAAUACAAAGGAUCAUUGAGGGCUCUGCCAACCCAACCCCCUGUGGAAGCAAUAAUGCAUGAUGUUAGAGAACGAAAAAUUAUUGCUCGAGACUAAGAAGUAUUAGUAUUGAAGACGGUUAAUAUUUUUGUUUUUGUUCAGGGCAAGAACACCAGAUUACUACAGCAAAGCACUUGGACCAUUUUUGGCUUCAUCUGUGGCGAAAGUACGGGACACUUUUCAGUGUGGCUCAGAUGGACUGGAAACUAAUGUAUAACGCAGUCGUCAAGUGGCGUAGAAUUUGGGGUUGAGUCUCGAAACGAGACUUCAGUUCCUGACUGCUGAGAACAAGGCGGAAAGAGUUUAACACAGUCUAAACUGAACGCAUUUAAAGGAUGGACAAAAAAACUCCAUGUGAAAUUUGCAGCUGGCGCCUGUAUCUCUGAUCAGGUCUUGGUCUUGGUUUCGUUUGGUUUGAUUGGUUGGCGAACGUUACAAGAACUUUAGAAUCAACCAAGUACCGAACAUCACUGAAGACUUAAGAAACAAAAUAAACUCUAUCAUAACAAACUUUUCAAACUUUGAUGAUUCCCAGGGGUAAACAAAAGUAAAGGACAAAAAGUAACUUUGAAAAAAAAGAAAACUUGACUGUCACACAAGGAAAAGUGUUGUGGAACCAAAGUGGAAGCCCACUGACUUAAACCCGAUGACAAAUGCACUUGUUCUGAGAGAAUAUAAUUUUUAAAAGAUGUACAGAGUAUUUAAAGAAGUCUACAUUCGCAAUCCACUCGUGUUUUCACGUCGAUUCGCACAAGUCGUCGGUUGUCACCUACGAAUUUUAGAAGGGAAUUUUGUGAACUAGAAGCGUUAAAGAAAAUUUGGUAGAUAAUUUUAUGAAAGAAAAAACAUAUUUCUGAAAAAUAAAGGUUUAUUUAUCACUUUGCGGCAGUAAAGCCGAGAAUACAAAGCCAAGUCAAGAUUUUUGUUGUAUGUCUUUUCAUAGUUGGCUGUAACAGUUGGUAAAGACCAUUUUUAUAAACAUUUUCGUAAGGUUUCAAGGUUUUUGUAUGUUUAAUUGCUAUGAAUAUCACAAAAUGAUCUUUUAGCAUAAGAUGUAAAUUAUGCAGUUGCUCUUUCUUUGUUAAUUUAUUACCCUUUGCGAAAAAUAUUCACAAAGUUCUAAUAUAUACUGUACUAAAUCACAUGAUCACCGAAGGGAAGGUAAAAGCAA